GGAAGCUCUGUGCAAUGGUCAUCAUAAGGCAAAACGACAGUUAAUUAAUGAUGAAUCUCCCAAAAGGAGAAUGUCGUCAAAGAAAACAAAAUCCGCUCAUCAGGUUGAUCAAGAUGAUGGAGACAAAUCACUUGAAAAUGACAAGAGUGUUGAACUUUCCAAUAAGAGAACAUUAAAAAUAAAUCAUAGAAAUGGGUUUGAGGAAGAGAAAUUAAGAGUGAGUGGUGAGAACCAUGUUGAUGACAGUGCAGGAACGGCAGAUAAAGAGAAUGAUGAAAAGGCUGGCAUCAACACCAGUGCAUCCUCUGAUGUGAGCUCAGAUGACGAGCUCUUGGCUGAUGCAUUUUCUCCCAGUCAAGAAAGCAACCAGUUUUCUGUUGGAGACAUUGUGUGGGCUAAAUAUUACCGAGAACCCUAUUGGCCAGCCCAAAUUAAAAGGAUCAUAGGGAAACGGAAACAAGACCGAAAGUUUCUCGUGAAAUUCCUUGCUUGGCACAAUUGCUUGUUUAAAAUCCAGCCCAAGAAGUUAGUGCAUUUUGCCUGUGAUCCAAAUCAAAGAGCAGAAUUGCUGGAAGUCAAAUGGACCCUAAAAGACAAGGAUCUGGAAGACCAGUUCGAUGAAGCCCUAAGUCAGGCUGAAGAUCUGCUCAACAGAAAAGGUUGGUUCUUACAAGCAUAGUUAUUUUCUAAACUGCCUGCCGAAAAUAACUUAUUUAUGCUCUAAACUCACACUCAUAAAACACACCAAUAUGAUACAAUAACAAUGAAUUUAUUGUAACGGAGGAAUACGUACAGCAGUGCCCAUAGUAUUCGACCUGAAAAACAGCUAAAGAUAAUAAAGAACGGGUAAAGCCAAGAAGAACAAAGAAAAAAUACUCAACUUCUGUCCGGACUUUGCAACCCGGGCACUUUUCUUCUUUUUCAAAGCUCUCUGCUCAGCAGCACGGAUCUUCUUUUCGUCUUCGGAUCCCGAAGCAACCUCGUCAGACAAGUACUCGUCAACAGCAGCCCAGUCAGCUUCAGAUUUGUCGGCAAUCCUAAUGAGUUUAUUCCGCCGCUUAAUGGCCUUCGAGGCGGAGUUCGGAGACUCGUCAAGUUUAAGAAUUAACGCUGAGACUUCUUGGUUAUCCGAGUCCUCAAGAUCGACAGUGAAUUUUAGCGACUGCACAAAAGCAAGACUCUGAGAAACGUAUUCGAGCGCAUUGAUCUCAAAUUGUUUCUUGUUGCCACUAAACUUGAAAGUUAAGUUCGUUUCAGACGUAAGUUUCUUAACUAAAGACGACGAAGACUUAACUUGAUCAUCCGAGAGCUCGCGCUGCAGAUGAGAAAACGUUUAUUCGAAAUAAGCUCUAGCAUCUUCAAAAGAGCCGAUUAAAUAACAGCUAGCGUUAGCGUCCUCCGAAACCUCGCCGUCCUUGGACAUUAUAUAGAGAAAGCAAGAAACUAACUAAUUGACGGUCGAAAUGAUAGGCACUGAACUGUCCUAAAGUGAAGGUAAAUGAAUACUUGAUAAGCGUUUUUAAAUAAUACGACAAACAAGACUCCGAAAAACCCACCUAAAUGAGUUACGCAUUGCGUAACCAAAAAUACCAACGAAGAGAACGCAACGAGUAUAAAUACAUUUAAGUAUGUCAUUUGGAUAUAGGUGUGGCCAAUGUAUGGGUGUUAACUUAAACGUUUGUCUUCUUCGCUCAAGGGAGAUGAAUAAGUGAAGCAUUAAGCAAAGGGUGGUUUGUGGCAAGUCUAACUAAGUAUUUGAAACAUAGUUUCAGUUCCACUAGCGUUGCUUUAUUGUGAAAUUUAUUAUCUAAAAAUAUCAGAGAGAUUAAAUCAAUUGGGAAAUUGAAGAAGCAAAUCAACUACAUAUUGGAGUCAUCGGAUUCUCACACGGCAAUCUUGUAAAACAAUAGAUAUUGAUAGAAUCUAAUUAAUGCAAUGUUGUAUGAUUGUGAUUACAUUAGUACUGUGGUAAUUGAGCUAAAGAUUUCUACCGAGUUGAAUAAAUGAAUGAACGAACGAACGAACGAACGAACGAACGA